AAAGUAUUUCAUGCAAAUGGGCAACUAUAUAUACAUAUGUUCAUUUUAACUCAUCCCCCACAUUCUCUCCAACCAACAGCAAUUUCAUAAGUUUCAAUCAUCCAAGUCAGAUUGUACCAUCAACUAUGGAAACGCCUCUUAAACUUGUAACUGAGAUAGAAUUUAUCAACCCAUCUCAAAGAGUUAAAUCUGUUGAUCUCCAUCCAACUCAACCAUGGAUCCUGGCAAGUUUGUAUUCGGGAACUGUGCGUAUCUGGAACUACCAAUCUCAGUCUCUGGAGAAGUCUUUCAAGGUCACUGAGUCACCAGUCAGGACAGCAAAGUUCAUACCUCGCGAGGACUGGUUUGUUUGUGCUUCUGAUGACAAAUUUAUUCGAGUUUACAAUUACAACACCACGGAAAAGGUUAAAGAAUUUGAGGCACAUGAAGAUUACAUUAGGUCUGUGUCUGUUCAUCCUACAUUACCAUAUGUGUUGUCGUCAUCCGAUGACAAGCUUAUCAAGCUCUGGGAUUGGGAGAAGGAUUGGGAGUGUACUCGAAUUUUCAACGGACAUUCACAUUAUGUAAUGCAAGUAGCAUUUAAUCCCAAAGAUCUCAACACUUUUGCAAGUGCCUCACUUGAUUGUACCAUAAAGAUUUGGAAUUUAGACUCAUCAGCUGCAAAGUUUUCCUGGGAUGCGCAUUCGAAAGGGAUUAAUUGUGUCGACUACUUUGUGAGAAGUGAUAAAGCAUUUCUCAUAACUGGUUCUGAUGAUUGUACUGCUAAGGUUUGGGACUACGAAACCAAAAGUUGUGUUGAAACCCUAGAAGGCCACACUAACAAUGUUACUGCAGUGUGCAUCCAUCCUGAGCUUCCCAUCGUCAUUACAGUCUCCGAGGAUCAGACUAUCCGCGUAUGGAAUAGUUCUACAUUCAGGCUUGAGAAUACACUAAACUUUGGUCUUGAACGAGUUUGGGGAGUUGGAUGCACGAAAGGUUCAAACCAGGUUGCCUUUGGAAGUGACAAAGGAACCAUUAUGGUCAAAAUUAUUAGCAUUUGAGGUUGCAUUUCUGAGACAACUGUAGUGUGUUUUGAAGACAUGAAGAUCAGAAGAAAUAAUGACUGCCAAUGGCUAGUCUUGCUCUUUAUAUUACAUGUUAAUCUAGCUUUUGUAUCAUGAUUUGCAAUCUUUUGCGCUUGUAUUGGACUUGUUAUAUCUACCUUUUGUCUGAUAUUCAGUUGAAUAAAUGGAUUUCAUCAACAAAA